CCUCCAUCUCUGCUCCCAGUCUUUGUGCUCCAGGAGGCGACAGAACAACAGCUGGAUCCUCGGAACCGACCGACCCGCUAGCGGCUCCGCUAGCCGAACCAGCCCGCAGACCCACGGCUCCCCGCGGCGGUCGGACCUCCAGCAGCUGGUUGUGAGUCUGAUGAUGCUGUGUGAAGAUGGAGGCUCCUGAAUACCUGGACCUGGACGAGAUCGACUUCUCCGACGAUUCAGUGUAUUCUGUCACGUCUCUGAAGAGCAUCCCGGAGUUAUCGAGGAGGAGCGAUGGACCAGCAGAGGAACGGCCAGCUCUGGCCAUCAACUGGAGUCGCGGCGUUUCGUCCCACGGCGGUGGAGGAAUCAAACCCACGGGCCUCGCCGAGGUCCACAGUAAGUUCCGUCCGGUGAAGAGAGUCUCUCCUCUCAAACACCAGCCGGAAACCACCGACUCGGACUCAGACGGUAAAGCCCAGAACCAGGGUUUGGUUCUGGGGGAGCCAGCUGAGGGCGGCAAGGAUGAUCCUGGUUCUGAUAAACCCUCCAACGCCCCAAACCCGUCCUCUGAUGGACCGAAGCCCAAAGGUCUGGGAGGAGGAGGAGGAGGAAACCCUCAGGCUCUGUUCGGGGAGCUGGAGCACUACGACCUGGACAUGGACGAGAUCCUGGACGUUCCUUACAUCAAGUCCAGCCAGCAGAUGUCCACGCUGCCCCGGGUUCCCCACGACAAGCGCUCAGUGACGGGCAGCAACCUGGGAGGAGGAACCCUGGAGAGGAACCGGGGGGGAGGCCUGAAGGGCUCCGCUUUACCCCACAAUGAGAACCUGAGUCUGGGAGGAAGCAGCAGCCAGACGUCGUACUGCGUACUGUCUCCGGUCAAGUGGUCCGACCUCAGGAAGUCCAAGUCCAUGGAUCCGGACCUCCACCACCUCCACCGCUCUCCAGGAGGAGGAGGAGGAGGAGGUUACCAGCCGGAGAUGCUCUCCUCCAGCCUCCUCAGCUGCUCCUCCUCACUGUCGUCCUUCUCAGACGCAGAUAAGCUGCUGUCUGCUCGGGUCUAUCCAGACUCCCAGAACCAGAGAGCCGGUGUGGAGCCUCCAGGAGGUUCUGGGAUGAUGUUCCCCCUCCCUGGGUGCAGCGUGGGCAGGCAGGACGGAUCCAAACCCUGGGCUCCUGGAGCUGGAGGAGGUGGAGGAGGACCGAGGGGCUUUGGAGGAGGAGGAGGAGGGGAGGUGGACGAGGAGACCAAGAAGAACCAGAACAUCAUCAACAUCGUCAGAGAGGGACAGAUCUCAUUGCUGCCUCACCUGGCGGCUGACAACCUGGAGCUGAUCAGAGACGAGGACGGGAACAACCUCCUCCACGUGUCGGCCUCUCAGGGCCACUCCGACUGCCUGCAGCACCUCACCUCCCUGAUGGGGGAGGACGGCCUGAACGAACGCAACAACCAGCAGCUCACCCCCGCUGGUCUGGGGGUCAAGAACGGUCAUCUGGAGUGUGUGAGGUGGAUGGUGAGUGAAACUGAAGCCAUAGCAGAGCUGAGCUGCACCAGAGAACAUCCCAGUCUGAUCCACUACGCUGCCCGCUAUGGACAGGAGAAGGUGCUGCUGUGGCUGCUUCAGUUCAUGCAGGAACAGGCCAUAUCUCUGGACGAAGUCGACCAGAACGGAAACACUGCCGUCCACGUAGCCGCUCAGUACGGACACCUCACCUGUAUACAGACUCUGGUGGAGUACGGAUCCAACGUCACCGUCCAGAACCAGCAGGGCGAGAGGCCUUCCCAGAGUGCCGAGCGGCAGGGACACACCACCUGUGCCCGCUACCUGGUCGUCGUGGAAACGUGCAUGUCGCUGGCGUCGCAGGUUGUGAAGCUCACCAAGCAGCUCAACGAACAGGCAGCAGAGAGGAUGACUCUACAGAAACAGGUGCAGAGACUAAUGGACCCCAACAAGGCAGAAGGAACACCCAACAGAUCGCCAAGCUCCCAUCAGCCCUCAGUGGAGGCGUGGCCUGAGAUGAUGCUGACGGCGGAGGGAACUCCGGGCGACGGCCACUGGUUGGUCCGUCAGGGCGGCGUGGGUCCGGACUCGGUGCUGAGGCAGCUGCUGGGGAAGGACUCCACGGAGCCGCUGUGCCCCAGAGAGAGGCUCCCUCCGGCGGGCAGCCUGAGCCGGGACGUCCCCCCUGGAGGCCGGAGGACCGGGCUGGUGGAGCGGCGGGAGCUGAAGCUGGCCCGCCUCAAACAGAUCAUGCAGCGCUCCCUCAGCGAGUCCGACUCGGACGGAUACCCGCCGGAGGAAGGUAAGAGCCACGGAGCCCCGCCCCCCGGCACGCUGCGACCCGAUAGGCCGUCCAACCUGCCGAUCGCAGAGGAGGAGCCGGCGUCCAAUCACCUGCAGCUGAUGAUGAGGAAGCACCUCCCCUCCUCCGACAGGAAGCUGGCGUUCUCCCUCAGCGGGUCCAAGUCGGUGGACGGCGUCGGCUUCAACCCGUCUCCGACCUCCAGCGACCCCGAGGCCGCCGACGGGAAAACGCCGCCGGACGCCGACGACGGCCAGAAGACGGCGACGAGCCCCAAGAGUGCCCUGAAGUCGCCGUCGUCCCGCAGGAAGACGUCCCAGAACCUGAAGCUGAGGGUCACCUUCGAUGAGCAGGUCCACCGGAGCUCCACCCAGGAGGCGGAGCCAACCAGAGCCAAGGACCGGACGGCGACAGGAAGCUCCGAGAGCAAGAGGCCGUUCGGAACGUUCCGGUCCAUCAUGGAGACGCUGAGCGGAAACUCCAACCACAACAACAACAGCAGCAGCAGCAGCAGCCAGGUGAGCAACAAACCCACCGGACACAACUCACCUGGCAGGAAGUCGGACAGUAAGAGCAGCCCGGGGGGCGGAGCUAAAGGCAAGAGCAAAAGCAGUAACGUUUAACGUGCCUCCUGGUGGCGGAAGACGGAACGACGCACAAAAACAGGAAGAACGGAGUCGGAUUAAACAGGAAGUGGAGGUUUUUAUUUUAUUUUAGUCCAUUUACGUCUCCUGAAGUAUUAAAUCUUCUCCUAAUUAGAUGCUAAAUUACCCAUAAAACUACGGUUCUCCUUUUAUUUUCUGACCUUCAUUAGUCUCAUGUCACCUUCAGGACAAAAUAAUCUGAACUCGAGGUUCGUUUUCUGUCUUUCUCUGGAGUUUUAAACACUAAAACUACUCAGAACCAAAGGAAAAACACUAAAUUAGCUUAAAAAAGUUCGUAUUUGCAGCAUUUUCCAUCAUUUAAACCAGUUUUUUCUCUGUUAAAUUGAUUGUACGAGAUUCAGAGCUCCGUUAUUUUUACACGAUUUCUAGAUUAUAGAUGAUCUCAGUGUUUGUUUGGUUUGGUUUUGCAUCUAUUUGUGUUUAUUUUUUGUUUUUUUCAUUGUUUUGUGUCUUUCUGUGGUCGUUUUGUGUCAUUUUCUGCUCUUUUUGUGCGUCUUUGAGGUUGUUUUGUUUUGUUUUCCAUCAGUUUUAGUCUCUUUCUGGACAUUUUGUGUUUUUUUUUCAGCUCUUUUUGUAUUGUUUUGUGCCCUUUUUGCAGCCAUUUUGCAUAUUUGUGUGUCUAAAAGGUGUUUGUUUCUGCGUUUGCAUUGGUUUCUGUUCAUUUUGUGUCUCUUUCUGUUGUUUUUGUGCGUCUUUGCUUUUGUUUUGUGUCAUUUUGCACUAACUUUGCGUCAGUUUGUGUUGAUUUUUCCUCUGUUUUUGUUCCUUUUACUCUCUUUCUGGUGAUUUUGUGCGUGUUUAGUGUUUUUUUUGUUUCUGUUUGUGUUCAUUUCCAUCAGUUUUAAUCUCUUUCUGAUCAUUUUGUGUCUUUUUUGGAUAGUUUUGUGUCCAGGAUGAGGUUCGCAUUGACUUUGCUUCUGUUUGUUUUCAUUUUCUGUCUCUUUCUGCUCUUUGUCUGCAUCUUUGUGGUUGUUUAAAGCGUCCUUCAGCUCCAGAAAACCGCCUUGAGUCGACCUUGAGAUAAGAUCACAUUCCAAAUAUCAGAAAUCUUCAACACUUCAGCGUAUUUCAGUCGUCCUGAGAGUUUCAUUCCUGUAAAUCGUCUUGUUUGUUUGACUUUUGUUGGUUUUUAAAGCCUGAAAGACAAAAACCAGAAGCAGAAAUCUCACUUUUGCCACAUUUGUAGUUUUUCCACUUUUAGUUUGCUUCAGGUUUUUUUUUGGUACAAAAGAGAUUUUCUGAUUUGUUGUUUGAUGAACUUUAAUAUUUAUGUUUCUGCACACUUUCAAUGAAACGUGGUUAUAAUCCUGCACACGUGCACAAAUACUUUACAACCACUGUAUAUAUAAAUAUAUAUAAAAUAGUAUUUAAUUUGUUUUUUUAACAUUAUAUUCCACUUUUUGUUUCUUUCUGUUGGUUUUCUCUCCACAGUGUUUAUCUAUGCAGUAUUUUGGGCAUGAAGUCGCCGCUAGUUGUGUUUUUUUGAGCGGCAGCAGCUUCGACUGACAUGAAGAAAGUUUUCACUCCACAGGUUUUAUCACAGAUUUCAUGAGAUCAACCGACUCGAGGCUGAAAUCUGACGAGAAAAUCAGCAAAAACAACAAUAAAAACAACAAAACAGGAAGUUUCUGGUGCAUAAACGCCUCUAAAGAUGUUUCAUCAAGGAUUGGCAGGAGAAUAAUCAGCAACUGUUUGAAUAAUUUAAGGAGAUUUUAGGAAAUUUCUGUGCAAAUUUCUCACAAAACUCCCCAAAAUCUUUAUUUUUACAUGAACUAAAGGUGUAGAAAGUUUGAAAAAAUAGUUUAUUAUUAGACUUUCACUAUGGAUUUUAAUGUUCCAGAUGUGUUUAUUGACAAUUUUGAAGCCACAGCAAAAAAGAAAUGAAAUUUAAAGACAUUCCUUGUCUUAAAUAUGAUCAUAGAUGAUUUUUUUUUGUGCACCUGCAUUUGUCUUUCUGCAGAAACUACAACUUCCAUUAGCUAAAUUAUUUUUAAAGUCUCAUUUUCAACAUUUUGACAUCGAUUUGGAACCAAAGAACCAAAGAAUCAGUUCUUGCGAUUAAUUUUAUAUUUUCCACGAUGUUCUGAAGUCCCUGAAGACAAAAUGAUGAUGAUCUUAAUAAGAUUUUCAGCUAAUUUAUCUGUUUAAAUGCUCAACAAAAACUGUCAAAAGUGAUUUUUACUGUAGUUUUAACAUAUCUUACAAUUUAUUUAUUUUGUUGAUUUUUUUUAAUCAUAUUAAUUUUUUUAACAAUAUUUUCCUGUAAAAUUAAACUAUUUUUACUUUUAUUUUACAGACAUUUUCCAUUAUUUAAAAGAUAUUGUUAUAAAGUCACAGAAAUAAAGUAUUAAUUCACAUUCAAACUUAAAAAAACAGCUCAGUGCUAUAAAUAAUGAAUAAUGUCCACAUAAGCAGGAAUUAAUAUCUGCGUAUCAGUAUCAAAAUGACAUAAAAAUAUUAGAUAUUGCCAAAAAUCCAAUAUAGUGAAUCCCGACUGUGUUUAAGAAAUAAAACAGGAAAAAUAAAAGCUGAUAAAUGAACUAAUUAUUGUGAUUUUCUGCUGAAAUUUUGGUGAAGUUUUUGGGAGCUGAGAUUAAACAACUGCUUUUAUUUUGUAGUUUUCUGGCCUUUAAAUGUUUAGUAGUGACUCCUAGAGGCUGCAGUGGGAAUUACAGCGUCGGAACGAGGUUUAAUUUAGGAAAAACUCAGUAUUUGAUCAUUUUUACCUCAGUGUUUAAUCUGAAACUUCACUGUCUACUUCCUGUUUUAUUGUGAAAUCAGUCAGAUUACAGCCUCUGUUGGUCAGAAGCUUGGAGAUGAACUGGAUCACGUCUGUUUUUAUUCAUACUGUUACAGUUUUCAUUCCUGUUCAUCCGGUUUACUGACUUCUGGUUUACAAUCAGUUUUUUACAGGUUUUUUUUACCGUUUUAAAGGUUUACAUGAAGCUGAAUCUGCAGGCGAUGCUGGAUGUUUAGGAAGUUCUGCUGCAAAAUCUCCAUCCAGGUUGCGUCCAAAAGUCUUUGAAUUAACCAGAAAUACCAUUUUUGAUUUGAUUUGAAGCAGCAGAACUUUAAAUAUUUCAUUUACCAUGAGGUGUUUUUACUCCAUAUCCAGCAGAUCUCAGAAAAACUCAACGUUUCUCCACAAUGACUGCUGGUUUAUUUCACAGGUCUGUAAUUAUUCUCAUAAUUUACCCAUUAUUUGGAAAGAAUUGUGUAAUUUGGUGCUACAUUUAGUCGAAUACUUUCAACUGAAAGACUUUUUAUUGAUGAAAAGCUGCCAAAAGUGAAAUCUGUUUACCGGAAGCCAAUAAUUCAACACAUUUGAGUUUAAAUUGAACCGUUUUUAUCAGAAUUAGCACCAAACUACAGGAUUUUUUCCUGAAUUUCCGGUUGAAUUAUCGUCAAACUACAGACCCGUGAAACGACCUGAAGGUUUAGAAGUUACCAGUUGUGUUGCUCGUUGCCAAACAGUGUUGUGUGUUGAUGAGAUGGUUUUUGUUGUUUAACUCGUCGAAGGACUCGAACGGAGCUCGAUCGGUUUCUAACGGACUGACGAUGAAUCGACUCGAUGUUUUACCCUCAAAGCAAAAAAACAAGAAAACUGUAAAUAAACGAAACAUCGGUGAAUGUUGGAGCAAAUUUUCUACUAACCAGACGUCCUUCUGUUAUUUAAACUGUUGAAGACGAACUGAAAUAAAUUUUAUUUCUGGACUUUCA